AUGGGAAAGUUCUCUUUUUAUGGAGCUACCCUCAUUGAUAACGGUCUACAAUUAGAAGUAAGCGGUGAUGAGAAAAAAAGUGGUCAUCACUGGAGCGAACGGUUGAUGGCGCUUGCGCUCCUCGUUACGUGUCCCUUCGUGUCAGCAAAGUUGAACCAAAGAGACCCCGUGGGGUCCUGCUUCGUGGCACAGACCCCAGACGCAAUAGAAGUCAAUGAGUUUCUCACCCUGGUCGAAACUCGAGCCACGACCAGAGGAAAGACUGGCAUGUGUCAGGCCGGUUUUUUCAGCAGCUGUCUCCAAGUGACCGUUGGAGACUUUGCUGGUCAAGGAAUACAGGGUGUUGCUGUAGGUGUUCCCAGAGGAUCAGAGUUAAGAGGAUUGGUGACGGUUCCCAAAUUGGAGCCUACUUCGGCUACAGUAUGGCUAGCGGUGACAUCGACGGCGAUGGCGCUGACGACAUCAUCGUUGGAGCACCAAUGUUCACCAAGACCAAGAGUGACGGAUAUGAGCAUGGAAGAAAUCUACGUCAUUUAUCAAGGAAGCGAUAGAUCCUUUCCAAAAAGAACCACGCCAGAACUGGAGAGGUUUUCUAAGGGAAGAUUCGGAUUGGCCGUCACGUCACUUGGAGACAUCAAUUAUGAUGGUUUUGGAGGUAUGAGAAGAAUUUGGUUCAUUAUGCUUCCAAUAUCGCUGUCGGUGCUCCGUAUGGUGGUGAGAAUGGAAGAGGUGUGGUCUACAUCUAUCAUGGUAGUGAGCUCGGCAUCGGCCGAGAAAUAUUCUCAAGCUAUUACUGCUGAAGAGAUCAGCCCCGUCCUUACUACCUUUGGCUUUUCACUCUCUGGAGGAGUUGACUUGGACAACAAUAACUAUACUGAUCUGGCUGUUGGUGCUUAUAAAUCAGACAGUGUGGUGUUUUUGAACUUUCAUAUUCUACCUGUUGAUUUCUAUAAUUUUACUGUAAAUCGUCACUCUCUAGGCAUUUUUUGGGAGUUCUAUAAUAUUUUCAUCUCCGCAGAUCCCGUCCAGUGGUUAAAAGUGAUGGCGGAGGUGCGGUUCAUGGGCGAGAGUAAACUGAUCUCGUUGGACGACCGCCGCUGCGUCCUCUCUAACGGAACAAACGUCGCCUGCGCAAGACUUAUGUUCUGUCUCACAUACGAUGGGGUUAACGUGGACCAACAAAUAAAUUUCGAAGUAACUUUGGAUCUGGACUCUCGCCAGAAGACAAGCAAAGCGCCUCUUCCUAAUGGAGUCAAGACAAACAAUAUAUACGACUCACAUAUUACUGAAUCAGGGACAACAGGAGAAGAAAUUCGUGACAAGCUGACACCCUUGGAGGUGAAGAUGACGUAUGAGCUGGUACAGCCUGGAGGGUCCGCGGGGGCUUCGGGGGCGGUGCCGCCAGUACUGGACCGCACACUCGGUGUGGAACGCACCGACUCACUCAAUAUACAGAAGAACUGCGGACCUGAUAACGUUUUUAAUUACGUUCUGGGAUCGGGUGAAAACGUUCACAUCGACGUCAAAGUGGAGAAUGGUGGUGAAGACGCCUUCGAAACAGCCUACUACCUCCAAAUACCCGCCGGAGUAACUUAUGCCAAGAUGGAGAGAUUGGACAAAGAUACCGCUGAGACAUCUCCAAUUUACUGUUCCAUUAAAAACAAAGGAACCAGUGGAAAUAGCACCUUGAAAUGUGAUCUCGGAAAUCCUAUGGCCAGCGGACAAAGUGUGAACUUCCGAGUUGUACUAGAAGUGGACACGCGAGUGACCGGUUUGAACUUCGACAUGGAAUCCAACUCCACAAACCCUGAGGUCGGCACUCAGUAUGACAACACGAGACACUUGGCUAUCGGCGUCAUCAUUAAGGCCGUAUUAUCGGUCAUUGGUACGUCCGACCCUCCAGAGCUGCACUACAAUGCAUCCUUAUACGAAUCUCGGGACCUGAAAGAUGAUACCAAAAACUCGGUCCCCAGGUCAUUCAUAAGUACAACAUCAAAAACGAAGGCGAGAAUCUCAUGUACAUGGUGGGUUCAACCUCAGUGGGCUGGCGAUAUUGUGUGUGACGUCGCAAGAAAUGUUAACCCCGACAACCUGUUUAUACAGAAACCAUAUGCCUACAUGUUGACGAAAGAGAAAGAAGAAAUGAUGAGCAGUGAGUUCUAUUCAGGCGCACAGAUUGGUGGAGCUGGUGGUUACUAUGGACAACUGGAGGACAAUAUGUUGCUACUAGUCAAGGAAAUGGUCAAUUCAAUGGUGAACAUUCUAUUUAUGUUGGUGGGAGUCAAGCAGCGGGUGGGGCCAAUCCACUUAUGUAAAAUAGAGAGUAGUUCCCAUGGUUCGGGUUAUGGUCAAAAUGGUUACAGUCAAGGUGGCCAAUAUUAUGGUCGAGAGCAAAGUCAUGGCGGACAAAGUUUCAACGUUCAAGGCGGACAAGGCAUCGGAUCUGCAGAAUAUGGACAAGAUGGACGUAUAGUCCGAAUUAGAAACAAAACUGUCGUUUUCGAUUCUAACCAUAAUGUAAUUUCCGAGUCUGAAACGAGUACUGAGUAUGGAUCAUGGGGCAUGAGGGUGAAGCUGGUAGCUCUUUUAACACGCAGGGCUCUAGUGGAGGUGGUGGAGCGUACAGAUCUGGUUCACAAGUCUACCAGAGUGGUCAACAAGGAGCUUUCCAAGGUGGUGUGCAAGGAGGAGCGGCUUCCUCAUACGGAAAACAGUGGAAGCUAUUCGUACUCUUCCUCACAAUCAGGCGGUCAUAGAUCAUAUUCACAGUCAGGGGGGACACAGUUUCAGUUCGUCAUCGGAACAGAGACGAGAAAAGUCGAUACUGAGUUAAAGGAGAUGCUUUCCCGCUGCGAAGAGAAGUACAAGUGUUCAGUGGUGGCGGUGUGUCACACGGGCCGCCUCGUGAAGGGACAGGCUGUUUGGGUCGCGCUACGGUCACGAAUCAACUCCUCCGUACCUCAAUGA